AUGCCCCCCAAUAUGUCCUUACACAAUACCACGGUUUCUCAGCAACCUCAUCAAUCUAUGGGAGUCAACGCCUUCAGAACGGCCGCUCGAGCUCAAGGGUACCCGCCCACGAACACGGGCGUUCAAGCUCCCCCAUACAACCAGAACCAUCUAAACCAGAAUUUGGAGUUUGAACAACUUAAUGGCAAUGGGGAACUCUCGACCACAACGUCCCUUCAACCUAUUGGUACCAACUUCAUUCAAUUUUCAAACGGCAAUUUUUGCGAAAACAACCCAAGUUCGAACCCAGAGGUUGUUGGCAACCCCCUUGUAUCUGGACAUCCGAUUGGAAUAUCACAAUUCGUACCUAACAGUCAGGAAACCCUGGCCUCGGCCACGACAUCAUACGACUUCGAACAAGAAGACCCAGAUAUUAGCGAUACCCCUCAGUAUCUCGCCCCACAAGAGCCAGUUCAGGAGGGAAUCCGAUAUGACCAUGAUGUUGGCCCCGAAGCUCCAGCCCAAGCACCAAGGAGCAGGCGAGGUAGACCUACUGCCCAGCCUCUCCAGAGUUCUGCUCCACAGGAUGAUCUCACGAGCAACAGACGACGAGCCGUCAACCCAAACAAGCGAUCCUCUCCCGACGACGACGGCUCCGACGAGCCGUCAAACAAGAAGCCCAGGACGCGGCCGUGCCGCCCGUUCUCCUGUAAAGCCUGCCGCACCAGCAAGGUCAGGUGCAAAGCUUCCCUCAAGGGUGCCUGCGAAAGAUGCCAAGAGAGAAAAAAACCUUGCGUGUUCGACAACAACGACGGCCGCACCCGAAGGAGCAACUGCAAGGACCAGUGGGACCUCAAGCACAAAUACACCGCCAUCGGACAAGACAUCUACACCAUCUUGGAACUCCUGACGACGGAGUACCGCCAGGCUAUCAUCGACAGCUGGGAGGCCAACUUGAGCCCCUCCCAGGUCCUCAAGGGCAUCAAGAUCUACCACAAGCACGAUGCCCCGCGGAAGCCCGGCUUGAAAUUCGGAGAACUGGAACGCCUCACCGCCGACGACAACACAACCCUGCCCGAGUUGAGAAAUCGCCUCGCCGAAACGGAUAGAAUAGGCAUCCUCAUGCUCGAGCAUUGGGGGUUUAUGGUGUCUGAACAGUCCAAGUCGGAUAUUGCAUUGUAUCCAGUCAACGACAACACAACCAUUGAUGUGUGGAAGGGCAAUCAUAUUCCAACUCUUUUUGAAUGUGAUCAUACAUGGGUUCGCAAUUAUUUGGGAGAAAGAUACGGCGAUGAACUUCCCAAAGCGCCUGAUGUCCCCACACACAGCCAGAGAGCCAGUACACCGAUGUUCGCCUGCGUUUACGAAGAGCAUCCCCCAGCACCCGUUCCAACGCCAGUCCCGGCCCCUGAACCAGCCAUGGUACCCGCCAUUCGACAAAACGAUUUAAUGCCAAUCGACCCUCAACUGCAGCAACAUCGACUCACGCUGCCACCCGUCCGGGGAGGACCAAUCGAACCAGCUAGCACUCAAGACGACACCAGUCUCGUCAUCGGACAGAGUGGCCCAACAUUUUCUUCUCCUCCUCCUCCCGAGAACGCCUGGGAAUUCCCAGACGAGACAUUCGACCCUCAAGAGUGGAUACAGUGGUUCAAUAACAACGGAAUUCACGUCUCCGAAUCGGUAACACCCAGCAAUGGCGUGGAUCAAGAUGAGACUGUCGUCUAUCAGCAGAACGAAGAAGCCACCAACACUGAGGACGACGGUGCUGGGGACGACGACGACAUUAGCAACCUCUUUGGCGGGCACGACGUCGACUUCAACAGCCCCGUUAGUGAGAAUGAAAUCAGUGGCAAGGUCACUCUUCCGGACUUGGCGGCACAGCUGGAGUUGGAAUUGACGAAUGAGGAAUCAUCCCGUUCCUGA